UCCCCCUCGGCUUUUUGCUGCGCCGAUCUCUUCCACGCCACGCUGCUGCCUCCUCCUCCUCCUCCUCUUUUGCCAGCCCCACUUCCACGCAAGGUGGACUUUAGCUUUCUCGUCGGAUUGCAUCGCAGUCCUGGCGUGACACGGCUCUCUGGGAUGAGCGGCGGAGGCAAUUAACGGAUGGGGGGAGUGGCGGGAGGAGCGAAGAGGGGGCGAGCUCCUCGCUGCUUCUGCUUGCCGGUUGAUACGCCGCCGGAGAAGCGCUUUGCCAGAGCGCCUGUGCCGUGAGCGCUCCAUCCGCGUGCGGCGAGCUUGGACUCAGCUGCCGGCGGCGCUCUCCUGUCCUCUCCCCACUUGCCUCUCUCGAGAGGCUGGUCCCGAAACAGCAGCAGCAGAGGGAGACGCACCGAGCCCGGCUCUGCCUCUGCACUUCUCCAAGGGGGGAUCCCCGCGGCGCGGCGUCUGCCAGGGACGAAAGCCAGGCGGUUUGGCUUUCCUGGCCGGCGAUCUCCGCACACACGACCACCACCGCAGCAAAAAGGGAAAGGGGCCAAUUCCCCAAGAACUAUCCUCCUCUUCCUCCUUGGACUACCCUGCUUCAAUCAACAUGCCAGUUUUCUUUGCCUGAAGAGUUGGCGUUUGCCUGGCAAACGCUGAGGGUACUUGCACCAUGGACCUAGAGAAUGAGUUGCCCAACACCACAGCCUUUUGGUUCCCCUCACCCUCGCCCUUUGAGAGUUUCUCCCCAGCAAUUAUUGCCAACAAUGCUUCCAGCAAUGGCACAGGCCACCACUAUGACCUGACUAGUAAUGCUGUCCUGACCUUCAUCUACUUUGUGGUGUGCAUUGUGGGCCUGUGUGGUAACACCCUAGUCAUCUAUGUCAUUCUCCGCUAUGCCAAGAUGAAGACCAUCACCAACAUCUACAUACUCAACUUGGCAAUAGCUGAUGAACUGUUCAUGCUGGGCUUGCCUUUCUUGGCAAUGCAGGUGGCUCUAGUUCACUGGCCUUUUGGGAAGGACAUCUGCCGGGUCGUCAUGACAGUGGAUGGGAUCAAUCAAUUCACCAGCAUCUUCUGCCUCACAGUAAUGAGUAUUGACAGGUACCUUGCCGUAGUACACCCCAUAAAAUCUGCUAAGUGGAGGCGGCCAAGAACAGCAAAGAUGGUCAAUGUAGCUGUAUGGGGCAUCUCCCUUCUGGUCAUCUUGCCCAUCAUGAUAUAUGCUGGAGUGACCUACAACCAUGGGAGCAGUAGCUGUACCAUGAUCUGGCCAGAGAAAUCUGAUGCUUGGUAUGCUGCUGGUUUCAUCAUCUAUGCCUUCAUUCUGGGCUUCUUGGUGCCCCUCACCAUCAUCUGCCUUUGUUACCUGUUCAUCAUCAUUAAGGUCAAGUCCUCUGGAAUCAGGGUGGGGUCCUCCAAAAGGAAAAAGUCAGAGAAGAAGGUCACCAGGAUGGUCUCCAUUGUGGUUGCUGUUUUCAUCUUCUGCUGGCUGCCCUUCUACAUCUUUAAUGUCUCUUCAGUCUCUGUCUUUAUUACGCCGACGCCUGCCCUCAAGGGCAUGUUUGAUUUUGUAGUGGUCCUUACCUAUGCUAAUAGUUGUGCCAAUCCUAUCCUCUAUGCCUUCUUGUCUGACAACUUCAAGAAGAGCUUCCAGAAUGUUCUCUGCCUGAUGAAAGUCAGCGGCAUGGAUGAAACGGACAGGAGUGACAGCAAGCAGGAUAAAUCCAGGCUAAAUGAGGCUACAGAAACCCAGAGGACAUUACUCAAUGGAGACCUUCAGACAAGCAUCUGAAAGACUGCUACAGUUGUCCACUCAUCUCAUUCCGGCUUCUUCGUAGAAGGUAGCAGCUCACAGGAAGUCAGGCCAUGAGCCCUUGACUCUUCUCUUAAAGGAAUGGUAAAUACUGUACAUGAAAGAUAGAUUGGUUUGGGGAACAGACUUGCUUCUCAGCCAAAGGCAGGCUGAUUUUGAAGAUAUAAAUCAAAAGGACAAGUUCAUUAUGGGGGUAAUAGAUUAGAAACAGAUACAGAUGUGUGUGUGCAUUCAUGUGUGCAUGCAUACACACAAACACACACACACACACACACACUUAUACAUGCAUGUUUGAAUACAUGGUGUGGUUGUGCAUUGGGAGAAUCCCUGUAGCAAAACCAUUUCAGUUAAUGAGAGAAAAAGAAAAGAACUCUUCACAGGCCAGAUUUUCCACUGUGCAAAGGGUCUAGAAUUUCAAAUGUUCAAUUUCCAAUAUUUGAGUUAAAUUAUUUUUUUAAAAAAACUUGGCUGACACUUGAACACUAAUAAGAGCCAGAUUUUUUGGAAGUGUUGAGUGGGUAGGCAGUUAACAUUCUGAAACAUUUCUAUCAAGCUAGGAAAACAGAAGCGUGGGAUCAUUGGAACCCCUUCCCCCUUCCCAACUGUGGGUGCUUUGAAAGUUUAGCUUUAUGUGUUUGUGAAUAGGUAAAACAUUGAAUUCAUAUAUUUUAUAUUAAGACAGAAAUUCAAAUGGCCAGAUGGCUAUAUGUGUAUGUGUGGGUAGGUGGGUAGGGGGCAAGUGGUAACUGAGUAACUGUUGCAUUGUUUGGGGACAUGCUAAUGUAAUAAGAUUUUCAAAACAAGGACCAGAAAUCUUUGUCACUUGAAUCAAUUCAGACAGUAAGCUGAUGGGGAAAGAGAAGUGUCUAGGUGCAAUGAAACCCCUCCCCACCAAUAUAAUUUUACAGAGAUAACAUAUUUUUCCCUUCUCCCUUCCUUUGCAGGCCUCCUCUGUAAUGGUUUUCUCUGUGAGAGAUCUUUUGUUGGUAGGGCACAUAUCAAAAAUGCUGGCAUUAUCCACAUGUUCUGUUCAAUGCAUGUACAAUCUGUGUACAGUGUACACAUGUACAGACCUAUAGGCAUGGUUAGUCAUUAACACAUGUUCAGUGCUCAUACAGUAGUACAUUUCCUAUCUGUAUUGAGUGGGCUUGUAAGCAGGUUCACCAUUAAAAUAAACACAUAUACAAUCAUUCACAGAAAAACAUGUGCAUGUGUACAGAUACCUGUACACACAUAUAACAUAAUGCCUGAAUUGGGUUUAUGAGAGUAGAUCUCCAGUAUCUGUCAAAGGAGUGAGUGUGGUCCACCCUACAUGGGUUCCAACCCUUCUCUAGCAUGACCAAAUCUUCAUCUGGUGGCAGGUUGGAAAGAACCAUGAUGCCAUUCCUAUCACUCCUUGUCUUUUUAUCAGGAUCAGUGUAGGAGGUGAGUUCACAUAUAUAUAUUCCUCACUUGAUGGCUGCAACAUUGAACAAUGUCUUGCAGGUGCAAAAGAUCACCACAGAACAAAUGCCAGAAACAGAGCUUUACUAUCAUCUCUGGUAGCUAUAGGAAUUGUACUGCCUUUUCUUUCAACUUCUUGAAGGAACACUGGUCUAGCCAGGUUUUGUUUUCUGUCAUGCAAUCACAGCCUGGUUGCAACCCCAGGUCACUUAAGGAAGGUGGCUGACCUCCUGACCAAGGAAGCACCAGUGUCCUUCUCACAAAGCACUGGUGUUGCUGUGCUGCAGACGAAUGCAGCUCUGCUGUUCGUUCAUGUGUGGGGGGUAGGGAGGGGUUAUUUAUGCUGAUCUGCCUUGCCCCCAGGAAUGUUCCCUGAGACCCUGAAGUAGGUACUUGAGGGCUGUGCAAUUCUCAGGAGCCUACAGGAGAUCAGCAAAAAUUGCCCCACACUGCAGGGCACAUGACCUGCAUCAGCCAGAAUUCAGCAGCAGCACCCACACAGUAUCAGUACUUUACUGUAAGUGCUGCUGCUUCCUUAGCCAAGAGGUCAGCCAAUGCCUUUGUAAGUGCCUAUACACAGAACAUGCCUGUAUACUUGAACUUGCCAGAUAUAUCCCUCAAAGCACUAUAGUACUGUAGAUGGGGGAAGCUCAUGCCCCAACAGAACAGUCUACUUUGCCAGUUGGGCCUACAAGUGACAGUGACUACCUUAGCACGAGAUUUUAGAGCUCAUUAAAGGGCAACAAAGGGUCAGUUACCUAAUUAUAUUGUUUUGCUGCAGUAGUGUGGAGUGUGCAUGCCAUUCUGAUAUUACGACGAUGACAAAGAUAUAGAUUUUAUUUAUAUAUAUAUAUAUAUUUAUAUUUAUAUAUAUAUAUAUAUAUAUAUAUAUAUAUGCUUUUCAACAAUAGUUCCCAAAGCGGUUUACAUAAAUAUAAAUAAAAUAAAAUGGCUCCCCAUCCCUAAAGGGCUAAAAAUCUUUUUUAAAAACCCCAAAACAUAAGAUGAACACCAGCAACAGCCACUGGAGGGAUGCUGUGCUGGGGGUGGAUAGGGCCAGUUACUCUCCCCCUGCAAAAUAAAGAGAAUUACCACUUUUUUAUUUAUUGAACAGAGAAUUACCACUUUUUAAAAGUGCCUCUUUGCUCUGUUAGCAAUAGGGAUGUGCACAGACCAGAUCCGGGUAGGUUCGGCGGGGGUGCUGGUGGGGGUUACCUUUCAGGUGCAGGUAGGGUACUUAUCCCCCUCCCUGAAUUUUAGGGAUGUGCAUGGAACAGGCUAGCCAAGUUUGGUUUGAGGCCAGAUUGGCUUCGAACCCAGCUGGGCCAGUUUGGUCUGGCACCCCCUUGAACCCUCCCGGUUUGGUUCAGUUCGGGGGGUUCAUGAUCUUAAAAUUCUGUUUAAAAAAUAUUAAUUAAUUUAUUUAUUAUUUACCUUUUACUUCCCUUGGGGGAGUUCCUGGAGGCAGCAGGGGGGGUCUGCGGAGGUUCCCCCUCCCCUUGCCGGCUUUCUAAAUCACCCCCUUGCCUGUAUCGGGCACCCU